AUGGGGUCCGAGCGGUAUCCCGUGAAGCAUAAGGGCAUCUACCACAAUCUGCCGACUUUUGACCCUUCCAUCAAAGAUCUCACAGCUAUCGUUACCGGUGCAAAUGGCAUUUCGGGCUUCCAUACCAUGCGGGUGCUACUUGACAGCCCCGAGCGCUGGAGCAAAGUCUAUGCUUUAUCCCGACGCCCUCCCCCUAAGGACAUGAUGGCCCUGCUUCCAGAGUCUCAGCGGUCUCGUGUACAACAUGUGGCGGUCGAUUUUCUUGAGGAUCCUCAAAAAAUCGCUAAUGCCAUGACCGCCGCUGGCGUCAAGGCUGACUAUAUCUUCUUCUACUCCUAUCUGCAACCGAAACCCCCGCCGGGAGCUCCCGUGUGGUCCAAUGCCGACGAACUGGUCAAAGUGAACACUGCGUUGCUCGACAACUUCCUUGGUGCUCUCACACUUUCUAAGAUCAUCCCCAAGCGGUUUUUGCUUCAAACUGGUGCGAAGAACUACGGCAUUCACGUUGGUCGUGCCCGCACGCCCGCUAUCGAAUCCGAUCCGCAGCCUGAGCACCUUGAACCAAACUUCUACUAUCCACAAGAGCGGUCAUUGUUCAAAUUUUGUAAAGACAACAGCACCACGUGGAACGUUAUCCGUCCGGCUUGGAUCCUUGGCGCAGUCAACAAUGCCCAGAUGAACGCCCUGCAUCCUUUCGCCCUCUAUGCGGCGGUACAAGCUCAGAAGGGUGAGCCCUUAUAUUUCCCGGGAGACUGGGAUACCUGGCAAUGGGAGUCUCAUCAUUCUUCUGCCAUGUUGACGGGCUAUCUGUCCGAAUGGGCCGUAUUAGAGGACAAGUGCAAGAAUGAAGCCUUCAAUUCUCAGGACACAGGGGGUUUGAGCUGGGAUCGUUUCUACGAGGAGCUGACACGGUGGUUUGGCGUCGAGAAAGGCGUCCAUCCCCCCGAAGAGGAUCUGAGUAAGUUCCAUGUGAUAAAGGGCAGGGGCGGGAAAGGGUCUCCGAUGGGCUAUGGCCCUCCUCCAACCUUCCACACCCUCUUCUCGCUUGUCACCUGGGCUUCAGAGCCCGCAAAUCAGGAGGCCUGGCAGCAGCUUAUGAAGGCUUCUGGAGGCCAGUUGACCGACAAUCCGUUCAAAGAUCCCCAAGCGAACUUUGAGUUUGGUGAUGCGGCCUUCAUGAAGUUCGGCAGCUUGUGUAUGAAUAAAGCUAGGCGAUUGGGAUGGACCGGGUUUGUCGAUACCAUGGAAGCUCUUUUUGAGAUGUACUCCGAGAUGGGCGACUUGGGAAUGGUCCCUCGGAUGAAGGUUGACAAAGCGAAGCCUUUGGUGUAA